CCGAAAGUGCAAGCAACAUGCACGGUCACGACGACGACGGCACGGCGUUGCAGACUGCGGCCAAGAAGAUCCAAGGCAUGUACCGUGUCCGCAUGGCGCGCCGGCGGUUGCGGCAGCUGCUGAAGGCAGUCGUGGAGCGUUUUUACGACGAAGAUUCGGGCAUGUACUAUUACUACAAUGCCAAGACGGGCGAGAGUUCGUGGUUCAAACCUACAUUGCUGGGCAGCGAAGAUGCCAACCUUGCAGCCAUGUACCACACAACUCCAGAAGUCGUCGAACAAGAGUCAACGUCUGUCGAUUCUAUUGUCAGUCCCCAACAAGAUCAAUCGCUCGAAGUUGAUAAAGCGGAGUCCCCAGAGACCACAGUGGUCUCGAUCGAGCAGCCGGCCAACGAGUUGGUGAUACAACCAGAUAGCCGCAUCGAGACACCGCAAUUACCUUUAAGUCAUGUGGACGAAGCAGAGCGUCCGCAGCCCAACGACACGCCCGAGCCGUUUUCGCCCGAGGAGCUAGCCCUCAUCCACGAACAAUUUCACAAGUUCGACAAAGAUGGGAGCGGGUGUAUCACUGCGGACGAAAUGAUGGCCAUCAUGCAUGCCUUUGGGGACACAUCGACUCUGGAAACCAUUCAAGCUUUGAUCCACCUAGUGGACGGCGACGGCAACGGUGAAGUGAGCGUGGACGAGUUUGUGGCCAUUCUAAAGAUGCAGCGGGACAAGGAUUCGCACUGUCCGUCCCUUCAACUUGCCAUCAUGUUUGGCCCCGAUGAAAUCUUGAACCUGAAACGGCAAUUUCAGCAGUUGGACACGGACAACAGCGGCGAAAUCGACGACCAUGAACUGGCCACGUUGAUCAAAAGUUUGGGCCAGGAAGUAACCCCUACCCAGCUCAAAGAGAUCAUUGACGAAGUCGAUCGCAACAAGAAUGGAACUAUCGACUUCAAUGAGUUUUGCCACAUUGUAUACAACAUGCGCAACCCCAAACAGUCCCGCUUUGCAACGCUAUUACAUUUGGGGGUGGCCAAGGGUCUGCUCAAGGACUUGGGCAGUGUCAUGAACGCUACUGGCGCUCGAGUGUCAGCCUGGUGGAAUGCGGACAAGAUUGCAGAAGAGCAACGAUUAAAAGCGAAACGAGAGCGAGCGUUGGAGCGAGAGCGGUUGCUACGAGAACAGGAAGAGCGGGAGAAACAGAUAUUCCAGGAAGAACUAGCGCGAUUGGCAGCGGUGGAGAAGGCGCGGUGGGCAGUCGUUCCGGGCCUGCAACAUGAAGUGCUGUUUGAAGGGGACAAGGAAAACUACCCCAACAAAGGCCAGUAUGCUCGAGUGCACUACACAGCAAUGUUUGAAAAUGGCCACGUCUUUGAAGCGUCUCGAACUCGGGGCGGCGCGUUGGAGUUUAAAGUUGGCGCCGGACAUGUGAUUCAAGGCUGGGACGUUGCUAUUCCACGGAUGAGUGUAGGCGAGACGGCCAAGAUUACGUGUGCGCCAAAUCUAGCGUACGGUGUUCGUGGCCGACCGCCGAAAAUCCCUCCCAAUGCGACCCUAGUGUUCAAGGUGGAACUGAUUGCCAUCCACGAAAAGGUGCGCCUGGAUCAAGGCGGCGACGACGACGACGACGACGAACGGAUGUAG